GGCUAUUCAUAGCCGUAGUUCACAACUACAUCUUGCUGUUGUUGGCUGGAGUGUCAUUGUGUGUGUUUGUGGAAGCAUUUUCAGGAAAAAACAAACAAAAGAAAGCUCAAGAUGUGGAAACGAGAAAAAAUGUGGAUGAUUAAACCACCUACUGAGCACCCAAAGGAGUCAAAAUACAGGCCUGUGCUGGAGAGUUUAGUCCCGCGUGACCCAAUGAGCAGGUUCAAUCUGAAAAGAGGUUCCCCUAAAGACGAGUUCCCGAACCUGGACAGAAACCACACCGUCAUGGGCCAGAUUCUCAACCUGCACAUGUAUACGCGACAGUUCAACCGGGCAACUGAAAGCGGGGUCAUUUUUGAUGAUAUCAUACGGCCCGGACUUGAGGAUCCGGGGCAGAGCACAGGAACAAAAGCAGUGGGCUGUUUAGCAGGAGAUGCUCAAUCAUAUAUCCUGUUCUGUGACUUCUUUGACCGUGUUAUUGAGUCUUACCACAGCUACAAGAUCACCAGUAAUGCUGUUCAAGAGAGCGACUUCAAUUAUGACAACCUGAAGGGUGGUGAUGACUUUGACCAGGCAUAUGCUUUGAGCUGUGAGGUGACUGCAAGCCGCAGCAUUGAGGAUUACAGCUUCCCCACGCACUGCAGCAGAGGAGAGCGCAGAGAGCUCCACACACUGGCCGAAAAAGUUUUAGAGCAGCUGGGUGAGGACUUGCCUGGGAAGCUUUACUCCAUAGAUGAACUCAGCCAUGAGAAUGAAGGCCGCAGCGUUGUGAUGGACUCUCCACCACUGUCUUUGAUAAAGAUCGGUGUGGCUCGUGACUGGCCUGAUUCACGGGCACUGUGGUUAAGUACGGACGGGACCCUGGCUAUUUGGGUGAACAUGGAAGACCAUCUGAAACUGGUGUCUUACAGAAGUGAUGCCUGCUUACAAGAGGCACUUAAAUCUAUCUGCGUCAAUGUGUUGAAGAUGGAGACACUUUAUAAGAAACUGAGACAUCCAUUUAUCUGGAAGCCUCACUUGGGUUGGGUGGUCAGCUCACCUGCAGAGGUUGGCACAGGCCUGAAGGCAAGCGUCACAGUAAGACUGCUGCAUGUCGCCGAGAACAAACGCCUGGAUGACAUCCUGGACAGACUACGACUUCAGAUGGAAGCAACCGGCUGUCCAGGCAUCUACAAAAUCAGCAACCUGCAGACCAUUGGUUUUAAUGAAGUCGAGCUGACCCAGCUAGUAGUGGAUGGAGUCAAACUUCUCAUCCGAAUGGAGAAAAGAUUGGAAAACAAUGGUGGCAUUGAUGACCUGGUACCUACACAGAAGUGAAGCAGCCAUCAGGAGGCUUUUUGGUUUAUGAGAACUUUUGGUCUGGACAUAAACAGUUCUGUUCUGGUCAACACUAUGACGAAAAAUGGACUUUGCAAAAGGUUUUGCGUUAUGUUCAUAAAUGCUAGUUGAGUAUUGAAUUCCAAAAAGGGUGAAUCUUAUGAAGAAAUGUCUAGAUUGUAUUUCACCCUACCCUACAUAAAGAAAAUGAAGUCUAUUUUAGGUCCAUCACACACACUUUUUUUUUUUUUUUAAAUGUCACAAUACAGGCUUAAUUUUCUUUCAAUUUGGAGCUGAAAUAUGAUCUAGGCGUUUCUUUGAAAAACUAAACUAACGUUAUAGAUUUUAACAGAUUUAUUUAACAGUCAGCCGCAUUUACU